AUGUCAAUUGUAUUCGAGCGGAGUAGUGAUUCCAGUAGUGUAACUAAUAGUGGGGCUACCAAUAAUAGCUAUAAUCUUGACCAUGAUCAUCGUGGUGGUGGGAUCGGAGGGUUGGGAUUUUCCGGUCGGCAAAUGGGUUGCUUUCCGAUCUACGGUAACGGGACGGAAACCGGGAACAAGCCGCCGGAGUUAGGUGGCGGCGGGGGCAGGAAGUUGUUCGAUGAUGAUCGGAGUGGCGAUUCAUCCUCGUCCACCUCUUCGAUUGGGAGGAACAGUGAUGAUGAUGAGGAAUCGUCUGCUGGGAGGUCGUCGGAGAGCGGCGGCGGCGGCGGCGACUCUGAGGAGGUGCAGAGCAAGCUCAAAACUGGGGCUUUGGACAGCUUGGAGGCGCUUGAGGAGGUCUUGCCUAUAAAGAGGAGUAUUUCUCAGUUUUAUAGUGGCAAAUCUAAGUCUUUUACCAGCCUAUCAGAUGCUGCUACUUGUUCAUCGGUAAAUGAGAUUGUCAAGCCAGAAAAUGCUUAUACCAGGAAGCGCAAGAACUUGAUGGCAUUUAAUAACUUCUGGGACAACAAGAAUCAUAGUAUUGCUCGGAGAAGCAAUGGUGGUGGAAUAGCCAAGAGAUCAGCAGGCUCCAGAAGUACAUUGGCUCUUGCAGCAGCGAUGGGCUGUACUGAGAGCAACAAUAACAGUGAUAGUUCUAGCUCAACUUCGCCAUCUCCUUGUGUCCGUCUUCCCCCAUUGCCACCACAUCGAAGACGAUCGCCGGACCUCGUUUCAUCAUCACCUCAAGAAAAGAACUUUUCGCCAUGGCGGUCAUUUUCUUUAUCCGAUCUGCAAGGGAGGGAACUUGGUUGCUGCCAAAGUUGA